AUGGUGAUCGACCGACGAACUAACCAGCGUUACCUGAUCGAUACUGGUGCCGAUGUCUCCGUGUUACCGAAGCCAGCCAACUACACCCCUCCGACGCCGUCCACCAUGCGACUGUUUGCAGCCAACGGUACUCCGAUCAUGGUAUUUGGUGAGUCCCUCCGUACACUUGAUUUUAGUUUACGCCGCCGCUUUGUGUGGAAUUUUAUUAUCGCGGACGUAAGCUCUGCUAUCAUUGGAGCGGACUUUCUUCGCCAUUACCAUCUUUUAGUAGACCUUCGACAGCGCUGUUUGGUGGAUGCCCAAACCAACCUACGUGUGCCAGGACUUCCGGAUACCACUCGACAAACCGCCGUCAAGGUGUGCGACGCAAAUUCACCGAUGGCCGACCUGCUGAACGAGUUUCCUACACUCAUCACAAACUCACCGGGUGUGCGGAUGCAAUCCGAGGUGGUACAUCGUAUCGAAACAACGGGUCCUCCAACUUUCGCCCGUUCGCGUCGUCUUCCACCCGACAAGUACCAAGCAGCCAAAGCAGAAUUCGACUCCCUCGUGCAGCUAGGAAUUUGCAGACCGUCCAGUAGCAGUUGGGCCAGCCCGCUGCAUAUGGUGAAAAAGGCUGAUGGUUCCUGGCGUCCGUGCGGUGAUUAUCGGUCCCUCAACGCGCGUACCACACCUGACCGGUAUCCAUUGCCUUAUCUACAAGACUUCACGAUGCAACUGGGAGAAAAAACCGUUUUCUCAAAGGUGGAUCUACAGAAAGCCUACCACCAGAUCUCCAUCCAUCCAGAGGACAUCCCGAAGACAGCGAUCAUCACUCCUUUCGGCCUGUUUGAGUACGUGACGAUGCCCUUUGGAUUACGCAGUGCGGCGCAGACGUUCCAACGGCUAAUCCACGAUGUGCUACGCGGCUUGAACUUUGUGUUUCCCUAUAUCGACGACAUUAUAGUGGCCUCGAAGACACCAGAAGAACAUCGCGAACACCUGCGACUGCUAUUUGCUCGCCUCACGCAGCACGGCUUGACCAUCAACCUUGCGAAGUGCGAGUUUGCCCAGCCUGAGAUCUCCUUCCUGGGACACCGUGUUACGUCUGCAGGCAUCCUACCACUGGAAGAGAAAGUCGACACCAUACGUCAGUUCCCGAAGCCAAACACUGUCAUGGAGCUUAAGCGAUUUUUGGCGAUGAUCAACUUCUACAGGCGCUUCAUCCCCCACGCGCUGCGAGCACAAGGACCGCUCCUGGAGAUGAUUCCCGGCAACAAACGGCGAGAUAAGUCAUCGUUGACGUGGACCCCAGCUACCGACACGGCCUUUGAAGACUGCAAACGGCAACUUGCACAAGCUACCAUGCUGGUACACCCUGUACCAUCCGCCGAACUAUCACUGUGGUGUGAUGCUUCCGAUUUCGCUGCCGGCGCCGCCUUACAUCAGGUCAUCGACGGGCAGAUGCAGCCGCUCGGUUUCUUCUCCCGAAAGUUCGACAACGCACAGCGCCGAUAUUCCACGUACGAUCGCGAACUAGCAGCUGUUUACUUGGCCGUCCGGUAUUUUCGUCAUCAGUUGGAAGGACGCUCUUUCCAUAUUUACACGGAUCAUAAACCGCUGGUUUAUGCUUUCCGCCAGUCGCUGGAUAAGGCCUCUCCUAGACAAGCACGGCACCUUGACUUUAUUGGUCAGUUCACCACCGACAUCCGACAUGUUGAAGGCCAGGAAAACGUCACUGCCGACUUGCUGUCCCGAAUCGAACCCAUCCAGUCAUCAACAUCCAUCGACUACGAGAAAUUGGCCGAAGACCAGACCCGAGAUCCCGAGCUCGCCGACAUCCUCAGCGGGAAAACAGGGACGGACCUGGUCCUUCAACGAGUUCCAAUACCUGGCAGCAGCAAGGAUUUGUACUGCGAUUGCCCCGCCGGCAUCAUUCGUCCGUAUGUCACGAAACCGUUUCGUCAACAACUACUACGCGCGGUUCAUCAGAUGAGUCAUCCCGGAGCGAAAACUACCACGAAGCUGAUGACGGAGAGAUUCGUCUGGCUGAACAUCCGCCGAGAUACGCGAGAUUUCGUCCGCCACUGCUUAGCGUGUCAGGCUACGAAGGUGCAACGCCAUACCCGCAGCCCUCUAGGACGCUACCCAUUACCGGAUGCUAGGUUCGCACACAUCAACCUGGACCUGGUUGGACCGUUUCCGAUCAGCAAUGGACAUCGUUACUGCCUCACCAUCAUCGAUCGCUUCACACGCUGGCCAGAAGCUAUUCCCAUCCCUGACAUAACAUCAACGACUGUAGCCGCAGCCCUACUCAGUGGAUGGAUAGCUCGCUUUGGCGUUCCAUCGUUCAUCACCACGGAUCAAGGCAGGCAGUUCGAGUCGACGCUUUUCGCGGAGCUGAACCAGUUACUGGGCAUCAAACAUCUACGCACAACGGCUUAUCAUCCGCAGGCCAACGGCUUGAUAGAACGAUGGCACCGCACGCUGAAGGCAGCUAUUUGUACCAAAAACACCGCUCAUUGGACCGACCACCUUCCCAUCAUACUCCUUGGAUUGCGCACAGCGUACAAAGACGACAUCAAAGCUUCGCCAGCAGAGCUGGUUUAUGGAAGCACGCUAAAGAUCCCAGCGGAGUUUUUUAAUAGCAGCCCGAUGACCAGCCUGCCAGACACCACCGAGUUCACCAAGUUGCUUAAGUAUGCCAUGAACACCAUUCGCCCAACACAAACGGCCUGGCAUGACAAAGCAACACCCUUCGUCCAUUCGGAUCUUCGGACAUGCAGCCACGUUUUCGUCCGGAAUGACACCGUCCGCCCAGCCCUUACCCCGCCGUACCAAGGGCCUUACAAGGUGCUUAGGCGUAGUGACAAGUCAUUCGAAGUCCUGAUCAACGAGAGGGCAACUAACAUCUCUAUUGACCGCCUGAAACCGUGCUACUCACUCCAGCAACCCGAGCCAGUGACACAGCUUACGCCACCAUCUGCAGCAGAGUAUACGCCACCACCACCAGCGCUACCACCACCAGCUUCACCACCAUCAGCGCCACCACCACCAGCUUCACCACCACCGACAGAGCCGUCACCUCCGAACGACUUCUCGACCGGAGUUACGCGUUCACAGCGACGUGUCAUCAUCCCCGUUCGUUACCGGUAACUCCAGUCUAGCAGGGGAGCACUGUGGCGACCACGUUAUAGCCUCACCACAGUCCGGAGCUGACGUCAACCGUCAAUUCAAAAUAUCGAACACUCUAAUUCGAACACUCUAAUUCGAACACCCUAAUUCAAGCACCCUAAUUCGAGCAACAUUAUUCGAGCACCCUAAUUUGAGCAAUAGUUACCAACUUAACCAGACUAAACUAUUUCCCGUUAAAAAGAUUAUAAAAAGCCGUCGUUCCCACCACGCAUUCUCUUCUCUUUUCGUUCUCAUCCGCUAGUGGACGUGCUCCCGUAACUGCGUAACGCGUGAUAAAGACAUUAUAAAAAAUUGUAUUUUGUGACAUCUUGGGAAUCCAAAAUAAAAAAGUGGUCUACCCACGAGGUAGCCAAACAUGUAAGGAGCGCAACGGUUUGAGCCAAGAUCUAACCGAAGUGUCUUUAAAUGAUUUGGAAGGACUCGAGGAACAAUCC